UUCUUUUUCGAAAGUUACACCAAGAAAGGGCAAAACGGUCGGUCUAGAUUUUUCUUUAAUCGGAAUAAAAAACUCUCCCUCAGUCUCACUGUCACAAAGGAACAAGAGAGAGAUGAGUGGAACAGGCAAGGUGGUGUGUGUAACGGGAGCAUCAGGUUACAUAGCUUCAUGGCUGGUUAAGUUUUUACUCCAACGUGGUUACACUGUCAAAGCCACUGUUCGUGACCCAAGCAAUCCAAAGAAAACAGAACACUUAGUUGCACUUGAUGGAGCAAAGGAGAGGCUCCAUUUGUUCAAGGCAGAGCUACUGGACGAGGGAGCUUUUGAUUCAGUAGUUGAUGGAUGCGUAGGAGUUUUCCACACAGCAUCUCCUUUUUAUCUCGAUGUCAAGGAUCCUCAGGCUGAAAUGAUUGAUCCAGCUGUGAAGGGAACACUUAAUGUUCUUAGGUCAUGUGCUAAAGUUCCAUCUAUUAAACGGGUGGUUAUAACAUCCUCAAUUGUAGCUGUUAUUUUUAAUGGAAGGCCUCUUGGCCCUGAUGUUUUGGUUGAUGAGACUUGGUUCUCUAAUCCCACUUUUUGUGAGAAAUCAAAGCUUUGGUAUAUGCUUUCUAAGACGUUAGCUGAGGAGGCUGCUUGGAAGUAUGCAAAAGAGAAUGGAAUUCACAUGGUUACGGUAAACCCAGGAUUGGUGAUUGGGCCUCUCUUACAGCCGACCAUUAAUACAAGUGUGGAGCCAAUAUUGAAGCUUAUAAAUGGUGCUGAAACAUUUCCAAAUACAAGUUAUAGAUUGAUAGACGUUAGAGAUGUUGCAAACGCACAUAUACUAGCAUAUGAGAAUUCUUCAGCUUGUGGAAGAUACCUUUUAGUUGAGAGAGUUAUGCACUGUUCAGAAAUUGUGCAGGCUUUACGUGAGCUUUACCCUGCUCUUAGACUUCCUGAAAGAUGUGCGGAUGAGAAGGUAGGUAUGCCAGUGUUUCAGGUGUCCAAGGACAGAGCGAAAAGUCUAGGUGUUAAUUUUACCCCUACGGAGGUGAGUAUAAAGGAUACAGUUGAAAGCUUGAAGGAGAAGAACUUCUUUAGCGUCUGAAUCAUGGCAUGUGUCAGCUAGUCUAGGACAUUACUAUCAAUAACUGGGUGCACCCCUUUUUAGCUUUAGUUCAUCAUUCUGAAUGUCAUAUCUGCUGUGUUGGCAGCUGUUCAAGUGCUUGUAAUGUUUAGUUGUAAGCUUGUAAUAGUUUGCUGUAAGUUGGGAUACAUACAAUAAACAUGUUCAUGUUGAUUGCCUAUUGACUUUUAGUCCUUGGAGAAGGUUGCCCUGCCCCCCUUCAUUUUGUAUCACCAGAUUAGGUUGGAACUUGAAGACAUGAUGUAAGCAUAUGUAGAAACUUUAAGGAAUGUCCAAGAGGAAAGUUGUGUGCUUUGGCUCA